GUAGACACGUGUUUUCUAGCAGCCUUGAAGGUUACAGAAGAAGCAGCGGGCAGGCUCCUUGUGCAGUCCGCCUGAGAGGGUCACCAGCACGGCGUGUUUUGUGGUUGAAGGCGGUGGAGAGCAGCGCUGAGACGCACAACAUGGAUCCCAUGAAAGCACAGCAGCUGGCGGCGGAGCUGGAGGUGGAGAUGAUGGCUGACAUGUACAACCGGAUGACCAACGCCUGCCACAGGAAAUGCGUGCCACCACAUUACAAAGAAGCCGAGCUGACAAAGGGCGAGUCGGUGUGCCUGGACCGCUGCGUGGCCAAAUACCUGGACCUUCACGAGAGGCUGGGACGCAAGCUGACAGAGCUGUCCGUCCAGGACGAGGAAAUGAUGAGGAAGGCUGCUGUCGGUAGCGGAUAAAGACGCUGAUGACUGGAGCGAGAAGUGGAAAAUUGUGGAUGGGUUAUAGUUAUGAGGGGAGGGGAGGGGGGUAGCUGGUUUCUCUAAAAGAGAGACUGGUGUUUUAAUAAGAGGGUGGGUAAAUAAAAAAUAAAGUAAAGUUAAAGCUGAUGAGGGUCCAUUGAGAGAAACUGCCUCCUCUACAGUGAUACAGAGGUCGGGGUUGCAGGAAUCAUCGGAGCACCUGGUGGCACUGCAGCGUGAGGACGUCUAGCAGCCUCUCUGGAUCUGUCUGAUUUGUUGUUUUUUUUUUUUUUUUUUUACAAAUUCAGCUCAGCCUGGUCCUCUACAAGUCAUCUAAAAACUGACUGGAAGGAGAACGAGCUGGGACAUGUAAUAUUAUUUAAAAGUCAAACUUUGUGCUUGUUUUCUGCUGCUUCUACUGCAGAAACUCUAAUACAUGUUUUUUAUUAUCUGCGGUACCAAUUAUCUGGUAUUUUCUGCAGGUUAAAACAAACACAAAUAAUGAUUUUACAUGUAGUUUUUGGUUACCCUUUCAACUCGGGUUACUUCUGUGAAAGAGGGUGACGUAGGCCUCUCAUGGCUGCAACACAUUUUAUUCAAAUAGAGAUACAUUGUUCACAAUAACAAGUUGUCUGUUAUGCAGAAAAAGUAUAAAACCUUACAGUAAAUCAGAUACAUGGAUUAGGGCGUGCACUUAAUCAGUUAUGUAUGGCGGAGUCAAAAUGUCUUUAUACAAGACACUACGUAGUUUACUCUCUGUCAGCCCUUCGUCAGUCACAGCACAGAUACAGACCAGCAGUCAGGUCACUGUAGUUACAUGUGUUGAAGAUGGACUGAACUUUGCUCAUGUGUCAGGCUUGUGCAGACUGUUGUGCUGUAUGCCAGUGGACCAUGGUUUUGUUUUUUUUGUGGA